AUGCUUAAGACAUUGGUACCCCGGACGGGCCGGUCGCUCCUCUCAUCGAAAGCUCCGCAUCUGGGGCCAGCGAACCUCCGAACCGCUCCCAGCUUCCAGAUCGUCUCCCAGAAUCAGCAACGGCGGAGAGGAUACGCUUCGGAGUCCUCAGAAUAUGACAUUGUCUUCAUUGGGGGCGGUGUCGCAGGCUAUGUUGGUGCAAUAAAAGCAGGCCAGUCAGGGCUGAAGACAGCAUGUAUUGAGAAGAGAGGAAGUCUCGGAGGCACAUGUCUGAACGUCGGGUGCAUUCCCUCAAAAUCUCUACUCAACAACUCACAGCUCUACCACCAAAUACUCCACGACACCAAGAAGCGAGGCAUCGACGUCAAUGAUGUCCAGCUCAACCUUACCCAGAUGAUGAAGGCCAAGGAUGAAUCUGUUGUUGGCCUGACGAAGGGUGUCGAAUUCCUGUUCAAGAAAAACAACGUUGACUACAUCAAGGGCACGGGGACUUUUGCAGAUGAACACACCAUCAAAGUCAACCUGCUCGAGGGUGGCGAGACUGAGGUCAAAGGCAAAAAUAUCGUUAUUGCUACUGGAAGCGAGUCAACACCAUUUCCCGGUCUGACGAUCGAUGAAAAGAAAGUCAUCACCAGCACAGGUGCAAUUGCUCUGCAAGAAGUGCCCAAGAAGAUGGUGGUUAUUGGUGGUGGUAUCAUUGGCUUGGAAAUGGCUUCAGUAUGGUCUCGCCUGGGCUCCGAAGUCACCGUCGUCGAAUUCCUUGGCCAAAUUGGCGGCCCUGGCAUGGAUGCCGAAAUUGCCAAACAAGCACAAAAGAUCCUGAGCAAGCAAGGCAUCAAAUUCAAGGUCAACACCAAAGUCACUCAGGGCGACGCCAAUGGUGAUGGCGUCAAGAUUGAGGUUGAAGCUGCAAAAGGUGGCAAGAAUGAAUCUCUGGACGCAGACGUUGUGCUCGUGGCCAUCGGCCGUCGACCUUACACCGAAGGCUUGGGUAUUGAGAACAUCGGCGUCGAAGUGGAUGAACGCAAACGGGUGGUCAUUGACCAAGAGUACCGCACUAAAAUUCCGCACAUCCGAUGCAUCGGCGACGUUACCUUCGGCCCCAUGCUCGCACAUAAAGCCGAAGAAGAAGCGGUCGCCUGUGUCGAGUACAUCACCAAGGGCUAUGGACAUGUCAACUACGGUGCCAUUCCAUCCGUCAUGUACACGCACCCCGAAGUCGCGUGGGUAGGUCAGAAUGAGGGCGAGCUGAAGGCUGCUGGUGUGAAGUACAAAGUGGGCACCUUCCCCUUUACCGCCAACUCGCGUGCCAAAACCAACCUCGAUACCGAAGGGUUCGUCAAGUUCCUCAGCGAUGCGGAAACAGACAGGAUCCUGGGUAUCCACAUCAUCGGACCGAACGCAGGCGAGAUGAUUGCAGAGGGCACAUUAGCUCUCGAAUACGGCGCGAGCAGCGAAGAUGUGGCCCGGACAUGCCACGCCCACCCGACACUGGCCGAGGCGUUCAAGGAAGCGGCCAUGGCCACAUAUGGAAAAGCCAUCCACUUCUAA